GGUCGAUCUGGAUUGUAUUUGAAGAGGGAGUGACCAGGUAUGAGGGUCGUGCAAUUUAUUACAUUUCAGUAAAUCAUUCACUGUGACUCCCAGUUUCUAGAUUAAUCAGACUGUGUCAUUGGACUAUAUAGAGAGGAAGGGGCCGUGCUCGACAGGUCAGUGCAUCUCUUCGAUAUUACAGAGAAGUUGGAGGUGAACGGAACCGUGGUGCGGCUGAAGCGCUCGCCGUGUCAGCCGUGAGAAGCUCCGUUCAGCUCUGAGCCCAGCCCCGUGGGCCUCCCAGCACCAGGAUGGUUCCCUUCAUCCUCUGCCUGCUGCCUGCUCUCCUAGCUACAACGAAUGCACAAGCACAAAGCACAAAAUGCCUUCAGUGCUCCGGCUCAGCAGACUCCUCCUGCCAGCCUGCGGCAGGGACCUGCCCAGUAACAGCGGGUACAGGCGGCUGCAUUAAAGUGGCAGAAGAAAAUACACUGAUUGGGGAAAAGACCACGGGCUUCGCCAGAAGCUGUUUAGCUGAUUAUAAUAGUGGCAUAAAUGCCGCCAUAACUUACACUGCUGGGAAUGGCAAGUAUCUGCGGAUCAACACCAACCGAUGCAACAACGCAGAUAACUGUAACUCGGGCACACUGGCAGUGCCCACGGUGGACGCUGCCGCGAAUGGGCUGCAGUGCCCAACCUGCUUUGCUCUGAACUCCGAUCCCUGCGACAGCCAAAUCACCCCUUGUACAGGGGAUGAGAAAUAUUGCAUCGAUUUCGCUGGGACCCUAACAAAAGGUUCAACUGUUUCAACAUUUGUUGCAAAAGGCUGCGCUACUGCGUCCACAAAAGACAUUCAACCUGGAACCUCCCUGGUUUCUGCAGUCUACACAUUCAUGUUCACAAAGGUGAGCUCCCAAGCUGCAGAGAAAAUAACCCCCACCACCAAACCACCCGCCGCCGCCACCAAACCAACUACUGCCACCACCAGUGGGGCCAGCCCGGCUCUGGGGAGAUUCUCCUUCGCCCUCUACCUGCCUGGCCUGACUGGGCUGCUGCUGGUGAAGCUGCUCGCCUGACCCCCGCCCAGCACGGCCCCCGCAGCACCUGAUUCCUGUGCGUUGCAGCCCGAGCUCGGAAUCGAACGUUAAUUCUAUUGAUUACUUACAAAUUCCCAAUGAUCACUCGGAGGUCUGGCAGGCUCUAGUUCUAAGAUCGGGGCUGGUAUCAUAAAAUUGCAGUUCAGUUGGGAACAACGGUCGCAGCCCUCGCACUGGAGGAACCUUCUGUGUUUCUAAUCGUGGAUCACACAUUUAGCAGAGUCCCAAAGGCUCCAGCCCAGGAAGGGGGACAGCGGUAACACAGAAUGUCCAUCUGAACCGCCCGUUCUCGCACUGCCCCUUGCAGAACAACCGGAAAUGUUAGUCAUUAUCUUCCUCCUCACCAGCACCUUCCUCCUCUUCACCCGGGGCCGUGAUCCGGGCACCCCCCAAACGCUGCCUCUCGCUUGCCUCCUGCCCACAGGCUGGGGUGUGACUUUUAUAAUGUUACGCUGACGCCACUGUGCCUAAUGCCUAUUCAGUAGGGGCUUCUCCCCUCCUCCUUAUCUGUAUCUCCUCACCCUGCCGAUGUCGGGGUCCCUUCUCCUGUAGGUUAGGAUGUUACUGAUCUCAGCUUAUUCUCAAACACGUCAAUUCCUUGCCAGGGCUGGUUUGUGGUCAGACAUCUGCAGACGUUCCCGUCCUACAAUAUCCCAAAGCCGGGGUUAGCUCACGUCCCUGUGGCUGGCUGGUGUCGUUACGGACAAACCGCCCCUUUAAACACUCUGUUCCCAGUCCCCCAAAACUUAGGGGUGACCGUUGGGCCAUUUAUCUGUGCUAAAGUUCAUAGGCCCCCCCCAAGCCUUAUGGUACCUGCUGCAGCCAGCGUCUUACGGGAGACAGGCCUGGGGGUUCCUUGUGUUGCAGCUGGAUGAAAUGAAUGCUAAAGCUGGCUCGAUGAGUGACAGAAUAAAGGCCUGAAGUCCCAGCUGCACCCCCUCCGACGCCCCUUUGCGCUGCCGGGCGGCGCAAAGAGGCCAUAGCCAAGGGUCUGCCCAGCGCAUGGGUGUGUCUGUCCCGGUGCCUCACGGCUGGCUGGAAUCUCUCUGUGCAUUAGCAAAUUCACUGAAUAAAUCAGG